CAGGAAACGUUGUACUGCAAGCAUUCAGCUGCCAUGAAAAGAAUCAUCAGAGGACGUUUGUCGUAUCAUGUAUUGUAUUGAUUUUAUAUUUAACAUGAUCAGAAUUUUGAAUUUUUGUCACGAUAAAUUAUCAUUUCAUAUUAAUGAGCUAAAAAAAAAAAAAAUCAAAACUGGCAGUUAUGUGAAAUUUUAUUUUUAGUAUUUUCACCUCCAUUUGUUCCAUGAGAGCACCAUUAUAUUCGAAAAAUAUAAUUAAACACAGGAACUGUUUAAUUAUAAAUUCUAAAAGUCAUAUAAACCUCACUUUAUGAGAAAGGGGUGACCCCCCAGAAGCCUGUUGAAAAUGGGAAUGAUUUUCAAGAAUUUGUGUUUGUUAUGUUAUAAAUGUGCAAUGCAGUCACAGCCAUACAAAAUCUAAAAAAGAAGUAAUAAAUAGUUUAUCAUAAUUCACAAUAUCACCACAAAAUAUUGCGAUAACAUUUUAAUUUUAAUGAUGCCGUCUCCUAUAGCUUUAUGAAGAAAGAAUCAGUGGUAUGUUUAAAAUCAUACUUCUGAUUUCCAUAACCUACCAAACACACCACUGACCCUCCAUAUUCAGUGACCUGUUUUGGCUAACUUCAGUAUGCGUCAUCAAACAUGUGAGCUCAUCAUGACAACCUAGAUGUGUUUUCUCUUUAAACAACGAGAAGGCAAUAAUUUCCUGGCUCAAAGUGUCUUAAGCGGCUAUUAUGGACACCUGUCAAUCCAGGAGCAUAUACAGCGGCAGGGUGGGACUCUGCAGUGGCUGCUGGAGCGAUGUGGACACCGGUACCAGGUUAUGUCCAGCCAGUCCAGUAUGGCACAGUUUCACUUUGGACAGCUCAUUUGGAAGAUUCGGAAGAUGGCAGAGGUUUCAGAGCAGAUCAGAGAGAUAUCCUUCAGAGUGAGAACCCAGCUUGGAGUUCCGAAUGUGAGGGUGGAACAGCGGUGGAACACGAGGCAGCAGGUAUAUGAUAAUCGUCCAGGACAAAGACAAGAGAGUGGCUCGGGAGGGCAAAGAGGUAAGAACUGUUGUCUGUCAGGCACUGCUGAGAUUUGUGUGAAAGAACCUGACUGUGGUGUGUGUGUAACUGCAGGCACAGACGGUUGGAGGCCUGCACUCAGCCUCAUCCUGCUGGGAAGGAGGAAAUCAGGGAAGAGCUCCGCAGGCAACAUGAUCCUGGGCAGAGAGGAGUUCCAAAGGGACAAAAAGACAGUUCAGUGCGAAGCGGGGCACGCAGAGAUCUCAGGGUGGUCUGUGACGGUGGUGGACACCCCUGGGUGGAGUCUGUUUGGUCAGGCUAAACCUACGCAGGUGAAGAGAGAGAUCCUGAAGAGCCCAUCGUUCUGUCCUGCUGGGAGCAAAGUGAUCUUCCUGCUGGUUGUUCCUGUGGACUCAUUCUCAGAGAAGGACAGGAAGGCUGUGGAGACGCACGUCAGAGUGCUGGGGGACGGCGUGUGGGGGAGCUGUGUGGUGCUGUUCACCUAUGGAGACGCACUGAAGGGAAGGACAAUUGAGCAUCACAUUAAAAAGAAGGAAGAGUCUCUGCAGUGGGUGCUGGACAUGUGUGACCAACGGCAUUUUGUUUGUGAUACAAACAUGAGCGACCCCACGCAAGUGGAACAGCUUCUUGAGAUGGUAUACAAGUGCAAUUUUAAAACAUGACUUUUCCCCUAAAUUAAAACUAUAUUUAUCUUAUCUGGCUCCAGGAAGACUCUUGUACUGACACAGUUCUUUUUAACCGUUUCCGAGUCACGUUGGUUCCUGCGGGGUUCCCCUACUGUCUUUAAAAAUUUGAUAAAUGUGCAGGAAACAUUGAUUUCUGCUUUUUUUUACAGGUUUGUUCCGUCUGUCUAUCAGCAACAGCAGCAGAAGCUGCGUGUCACAAAGCGUGCAAAGACCAAAUAUACAGUUGGGUCCAGUUCUAAACCUUUCCACGAAUGAGUUGAUUAUAUACUUGGCUGGUUGGCAGGAUAGUAGUGUGUAUGUGUGAUGAAAUUAAAAUAAUCCAGAUGCAAUGCAGGAUCAGGUCUGAUAACAUGUUGUGGAUGGCUCAUUAAAUGUGCCACAGAAGCCAGGCUCCACCAUUAAGUAAAUCAUUUUGACCUGCUCCGGCUUGAAUUUUGAGCUAUGGAGCUAAAUUCUAGCAAAAAAAUAAAUAAAUAAAUUGGUCUUUUAACGAGUAAUUUGAAGAAUAAACAAUCUGAAUUGCUGUGUUAUAAAUACAUUUUGUCUUCAAGUUAUUUUGUGAAGCAUAAGCAUCAACUUCUUGCUGGGUUUCAGAUGACGUAGCAAUGGCGUCAACCCAAUGCAGAUGGAGGGCAGGAAGUACAUGCAGCCCAUUUAUUUCUGUUGAUCCAGCAUCAAAAUGCCUAAAGUCUGUGUCCUGUACGGUUGUUCCAACCGUUCUAAAUAGAGAGAAAGAUAAACGUAAUUUUCGUGUUUCGAAGGUAGUUGGUCACAGGGGAGUUUAUUUUAAAAAAACUUACAGAAAAAAGAGAAAAGUGAAUCAACAAUCUUUGUCCUACAAAGACUCAACAUUAACAUACAACUCCAGCAUGAAUUUGGGUUUACAGGAGCUAAAUAACUUAUUUACCAGGAGAUCCAAGCACAUAGAAAUAACAUGAGUUGGUUGUUAGCGAUAGCAUAGGCUAAUUACUCAAAAUAGCACAAAUUACUCAUCUGUAGGUACCUAAACUUGUAUUGAUUUGGGACACUCUCCUACUUAUUUUUAGAGAUGAGCUGAGCAAUGACGACAUGAAACUAAAAAUAAAAACAAAGCCACAGCGGUUCCAUUACUGUAGUUUUAUUACAAGUUUUCAACAUUCGAACUUUUCAGCUACAAAAAUGCACAGAACUGUGCUAAUUUAAUAUACUGCAAACUCAUACAAUGGAAAUGAGAGUUUACAUACAGUAACUAUUAACAUCAUUGUGUUCAGGUACCACAUGUGUGCAUUUACAGAGCAAAGGGAGCGGGGCCCCGACAAUCAACCAGAAUACUGAACAGCUUCAUUUCUCACGUUUCUUCUGAUGUUCCUGCAUUCUUCACAAACAGGUACAUGUUAGAGGCCCCCUUUAGAAAUAAACUGAACAGAAAUAAAUUAACAGUAAAGAGACAGAGACAGUGUGGUUGCCAUGGUUGCUAGUAUUUUUUUGUGCGUCGACUCAGUGGGAAAGAAGGAUGGAGUCCAAACGCAUGUUCAGAGAUUCUUACAUGAAUCACUCAUCGCUCUGUUCCCAGAAUUCACACACAUCCUAUGAUCUGCUUACAGUGACCUAGGAUUUACUUAGAGGUAGCGUACGUUGCCGGUGACGCUCCAAAAGCUUUUACCUUCGUUGACACACGCACGCACGCACACAUAAAAAAAACAAAAACCUCAAACGCGCACAAGGAAAAUAGAAAAGUAGGGGGAAAAAAAGAACAGAAUAAGAAAACUAACUGAAGAAAGGUG